GGAAAAAUUUGAAGUAAUAAUGUGAUAGUUUAAUUGGUGUACCCUAUUUAACUGUGAUAGUUUAAUAGUUUAAUUGGUAAUCACUCCUAAAUUUUUAACACCUAUUUAACUGUGAUAGUUUAAUUGGUGUACCCUAGUCCUGAAGUAAUAAUGUUAAGUACGAAGGACUAAUGAUACCUAAUUUGAAGAAACCUCUCUAAGCUGUUGGCCUGGAGUGAUAUUCCCACCUGACAUCCCCAGUUGAUAUUUUUAGGCAUAUUUCCUCUCUGUUGUGCACAUGAUGAAUUAUCAUCCUCCCCAAGAGUAAAUCACCACUUACCAAUGGCAUAGCAGCACAGGUCAUGGCAAAUACUUCAAUAAAAAAUCUGAUCAUAUAAAAUAAAGGUGUUGAAAUGUUGAAUCCAUGUUGCAAGUGGCCAACUAAUUAAUUAUAGUAAAUCCUGGCUGCUAAAAUUCCAUAUUUGUUUAAAAAAGAGAUCAUGAAGAUAGAAAGAAAGAAAGAAUUGGAGAGGCUUAAAUGUGUACGUUCUUUUGAUUAUGUCCUAAAGCCAAAGAAUGAAUCCUCCAAAUUCACUCAGGAUUAUGGACAGUUAGGUCUGAAUAUCAGAUGAAGACUGGCAGCUAGAGAACCCACAGCCUAAAACCCAAUAGUUUUCUCUCCCUAUCUAUUCAGGACUCCAUUCCCACAACGUUUCUUGGCCGCCUCCCUCUCAAAAGCCAUGGGUCUGACUCCGGUGAUGUUCCGGUCAGUGGUGAGGCUGUUGACAUCCCUAAUAAGUGAGCCUGCGGCUUCUAUCUCCACUAUACUAUUUUACAGUGAACUUCUGCCUCAGAAUAUUAUUUUGGAAAGAUUAGUUCGACAUGAGUUGCUUGAUAAUGAAAAUCAUCUGUUUCAUUUCGUUGUUAACUUCUUGAGAUGCUUCUGGUAGAUGCAGAUACCAUCUUCUUCAACAUGAUUCUGAUGCAUUUGAUCUGUCCCCAUAUUUAUUAUUUCAAUUUCCCUUUUGUACUUCCAAGAUCUCAUAUUUCAUAGUUUAACAACUCUAAUCUUUCUAAAGUUUAUAUUAAAUAUAAAAAUAAAAAUCCUAGACAAAAUGAAGUUCCUUUUCUGAAAAAAAUUAGCAUGUAAAGUGAUGUUUGGCAUCAAGAAAAAAAAAAAAAAAACAGACAAGUUAUCAGGUUAUGCAUUGACCCCCGGUGGCUGAAGCAGUUGUAGCAUUAUUGGCCUUACACCAUUGCAGUCGAUGGACCACAGCACUUGUAGUCUGUACUUCAAAUAUUAAUUCAAGUUCCAGAGCUGUAAACGGUGACUAUAGAUUUGCAGCAUUUUUCAAAAAAAUGGCAAUAAUUUAAUCUUAGUUGUUCACAAAGAUGGCGAUAAUGGCUGUACAUUUUCUUAAUUGUCUUAAAAUGACAGAAAUAACCUUGGAUGUCAGAUGUACUCCAUUGCAUUCCUCAUCUCUUAUCCUUGUCAUAGGUAAAGGACUCUUUUCCCGCCAAGACAGCUUCUUACCCUCUUUUCCAUUACAGUGCCUCUUUUUAACUGCCUCUACGCAUCGCAGAGCGAGAUAGAGAGAAAAAUGAAGGGCGCAUCCAAGGUGAUUAUGGGGGCUACGUUGGUGAUGAUUGUGAGCCUUGCCAUAGUGUUAGCCCUGAUUUUGGUGCUGCUAGCUGAGCUUUAUUGUUCUCUCUUACUUCGGCGGCGCCGCCUACUAGGCAUCACCUCCUCCAAUGCUACCACCACCGCCGCGGGUACCACCACUUCACCAACUUUCAAUGCUUCCUCUCCACAGCCCCAGAACCGUAGAGAUGCUCCUCACACUACAUACUAUGCCCCAGGGGUUCUUCAUGCUCCAAGAAGCCUCUUCUUCCCUGCAGUUUCUUGCAAACGAAACAAGGCAACUGAAAUGAAGGACCAACUCUCCCAAAUUCAUUACAUUCUUGAUGUCCAUACCCAAGAAUCCAACUCAAGUUCCCAACAACUUGGUCUUAUAAACACUUCAUCUACUAAGUUAGUAACUUCACCCCAUCAAAUUCGAGAAAUCCCAAUUCGAAUUAGCAGCAGCGAUGUUAAUGAAAAAGCCUGUGGUGGUAGUGGAGAGCCUUUUGUUUGUAUAUCCAAUCCCAUCUACGACAAUGAAGCAAGCAGGGAAAGCAAGGUAGAGACUCCAUUUGAGACUCCUGGUUCAUCACCAUCUCGAUUAGAAACAGGUGGCUCUUCAAGUGACGAGGAGAUAGCACAUCCAUCUACAUCCAGUCCACACUCACCACCAGCUACCCCUCCCUUAACUCCAAUGAAGAAGCUCCCAGCAAAGGCAUGUUCAGUUUCCUUGAGAGAUGCAAGGUCUUUAGGCACUUCAGGGAGUGAUAUUGUGAGUAACAAUGGCCUCUCAUCUUCAUCAUCAUCAGUGUCUCCGUGCACAUCUCCUUCGUGGUAAUUGCUUAAGUGCAAUGUAAAAGUAGAGGUUGAAGCAAAGUUGUUGUUUUUGGUGGGGUUUUUUCAUGAACCCUUUCGAGACGGGUGUCUUGUGAAUAUAGGGGAAGAUAAUGAGUGGAGUUACAACUCACAACUUAGCCAGGCGUGGCCAUGGCUCGCUUGCCCAGGGCGACGCUCAUGCCAAGUGAAUUUAGUUCUCUGUUUCUAAUGUAUUUGCUUUGCGGAGCUGCUCUUUUGUUUUCAUUUACUUGUAUGGAGUUUUUGGAAAGUAGUUUGCACUUAUUUUCUCUGGUA